AUUUAAAUUAUCCAAUCAAUGGUUACGUGGCAGCAAAGUGAUAGAGUUGGGUGGUGGAGGACAACUGGCAUCGGCACUCCUCAUUCUUCAAAGUUCAAACCGAAGUUAUUUAGCUGCCGCUUUGCUCAAUUACUUUCCCAAAGUCUUCUGUCGAAGCCGAAAUCGACAACGUUGAAGAAAAUCAGGAAAAUGUCUCCAUGGUUGCCGGAAUUAGUCACCGAUAUUCUCCUGCGCCUCCCGGUGAGUUCUCUUCAACGAUUUAGAUGCCUUUCGACAUCAUUCUGCGCCGAAAUUGAUAGUGAGAAUUUCGUCAAGAAUCAUCUCAAAAGAUCAAUCCAGAUGAAAACCGGCCAAAAGCUACUCGUCUACAACCCAAGAUUCGAGGGUGCCAGCGAUUUCUACUUUGCUGAUUUUGAUGACGACCUCGUUGAUGCCUUCCCACUCAAAAUGCCAUUGGUAUCUCGUCAUCGCGACACAUCCGUAUACGGUUCUUGCAAUGGUUUGUUUCUCAUGGGUAUGGAUUCUAUGGAUUUUAAAGUUGAAUACCAAAGUUUGGAUCUUUACAUAUGGAAUCCAUUUACCAGGCAGUAUAGGAAAUUACCGCCUUGUCCAGUCCAGACCCCUUCUGGGUAUGGAGAAGUCAAGUGCUUUGGUUUAGGGUAUGAUUCUGCUCGUGAUGACUAUAAGGUUGUCAUGAUUUCGAAGGCUGAUGACUCCAAUCAAGUCUGGGUUUUUGGGUUAAAAUCAGAUUUUUGGAGGAGGAGCCGAGAUUUGGAAGAUGAAGUUACCACAUCAGCGGGGUGUUUUGCAAAUGGUGCUCUGUACUGGAUGUGUAAAAAUAAGUGUGUUGGUUUUGAUCUCGAGAGGGAGGUGUUCUUUGACAUUCCGCUAUUGUCUGAUUGUGGCCCAGCAGCUUUCUUUUUCGAUUCCUUCGAUUCGUUGGUGGUUUUCCGAGGUAACCUUUAUUUUCGUACAUUGGUUGAUGAAAAGGUAGAAUAUUACUUGCUUGUGAGUGAUGUGAGUGAUAAGGGUGGAGAAGUUGUAGGAGUUAGUUGGAGGAAAGAGUUCACUAUAGAGAAUGUCGAGAAUAUUUUGCAUGAUGUAUUUCCGCUCCUGCCUUUGGCUUAUUCAAAAGAUGGGGGUAGCAUUCUGCUUCACGACUUAAGUGGGGUUUUUUGGUAUAACCUUAAAAACAGAACCAACCAAAGGGUGAGUAUUGCUGGGUUGCCUGAUGUUCCAUGGUCCAGAUACAAUGUCUGUUGGGAAAGUCUUGUUUCUGUUGGCAAGGAUAGUGCAUUUGAUGGAGCAGCUGAGGAAGUGACAAAUUGAAGCAGACUUCUUUUAGAGGUUCAAGUUUGUGAAGACUAAUAGCUGUUGUGAUGUAGUGAAUGGAUAUAUUUUUGGAUGGUGAGGAUGAUUGUAUUUCAAUGAAAUUCCAUGUCAAUCCAAUAUCUGUUUUAGCUCUUCUUAUGAACCCCAGUUUAGUACCUUUUGUGGAAUUGUGCAUUGUUGAAAAUGGGACAUGGGAAAUUCCUUAUAUUUAUUUGGGAACUCUGCUUUAGACAUGUAUCAUGUAUUGCAAUGUAUGUUAUAUAAGCUUGUUGCCUAAUUCUUAGAAACAGGUUGAAAACUUCUUUUCUGCAUAACAGUGGUAUGAUGGUGUAGAGUGCAUGUGUGUUGUGAGUGGAGGGUGGAGGAACAUGUGAACACCUAUUUUUUUCAGUGUGUGGCUUUGUGUUCAGUGUGUUUGGACAUAUAUCUAUACUUAUGAUGUAGGUGUCCAAUUAGUUCCUCAAUGCUGGAGUGGGGCAGCAAUGGAAGGAAUCAUCUUACUUUGAAGGUGAGAGUUGUUUUCACAGCUGCAGUGAACUUCCAUGGAUGGCAGCAUAGGAAUUGUCGUUUGUAUAUGCAGAAAAGCAUGCCCUCUAAGGUAGGUUGUAAACUGAUUUUGCAAUUGCUUGAGAAAGGGCAGUUUAAUCUCUUUAGUUUUAUUUAGAAAUACUGUCUAUAAAGAGAUAUAUGCUAU